UUAUUGACUUUUAAACGUACUACAAGUCGGUGUUUAUCCAAAACGCCUAGGCUUGUUGAACUUUGAAUCAGGCCUAAUCAGGCGUGACCAUUUUCCCCUGCCAUCGACACUUCAAUUCACGACGGGAAGGUUUUUCCGUUGUGUAAUUUCGGAUCCUUUAUGAUGAGCAACCAUAGUGCAAGUGACCUCGUCUCGGACGCGGCACGGAUCACUGUUGCAGAAACCGCUGGGGAGUACAGGAAGAACCUCACUUUUGACAAUACAAGGAUUACACUGUUUUGCGCCGCACUAAUACUGUCGGGAAUCGUGUACUUCAGGUGUACGCUCUAUGUCCUAAAACCCUCUAACUUUCACGCUCACGACAUGUCUACAAAUGUACUGAUUGUUGGGGGCUGGCCCAGGUGCCUCGCGUUAGCUCUUCUGCUACGCAGUGGCCCUUCUGUGCGAAUUGUGGAGGAACAGGUUCAGUUUCACUCAGGCGAACGAGGAGCUGGGAUCCAGGAACAUGCUCAUCUGUCUUCGUACUUCGGGCUCUGAUCCCAAUUUGUCACAGCCUUGAACUACGGAGCUUCACAAGUUUCUGGGGAUUCUGCCAGAUGUUGUCGAACGAAGUUUCGGUCUCCUGUAAAUCUGAAAUCUGAAACUGCACCCGAUGAGGGCAAACCUCCGUAUCUCGCUCCAAUUUCUUAAAGCCUAGUAGAUACACCGGAUCACGACUCUUUCAGCCUCGAUGUGGCUUUC